AUGUUUCGAAACCGAAACAAUACUCAGAAGCCUGAUGAUGACUUCAUCAGUCGCUUCCAGCAAACUUUCUCCCAGGUUGUUCCCCGACGUGAUAGUGAAGAUUCAGGCCACGACGAGCAUUUCAACGCAGGUUCAGGCGAUCCUAUGAUGACGGGAAGGCAAACAAUGCAAAGCCACGACAUAAAAUUGGAAGACCACAACCUGAAAUUUCCCAAUGAACGAACACCUCGCAAUCUCCAUGACCUCAACUUCUCGCCCUCGUGGAUGGACCCAGGCUCUAUACAGAUGAUGGCCCUUGGCCCUCAACAUCCCGGUUUCUAUACCCCAAACUCCGGCGGAAUGGGCGCCGUAUUUCACAACCAGGCAGGCGAUCUGCAUACACCAACUAUCGGUUUACACAACAUGACUCCGCUCUCUCUCACGAAUUCAAUCUCAGUACCUCCACAGCAACACCCCGGAAUGGAACAUUUCAACCCGCAUUAUCUCGGCCAGCAGAUGCCCGAUAUGAACUCCUACAUGCAACAGCCCUCGUUCGCGCCUAGCGAAUUCAUGCAGCGUGAUGCGCGCUAUGACGUGAUGGAUGAAUCGGUUGAUGAUGCGUCUGUCAAUAGCAUGCCAUUGGAUCAAGUAUCAAAUAUAUCCGCUAUGACAUCCUCAACGGACUUUUCUGCUCCUGCUGCCCCUGCUCCGGUGGGGGUGUCAUAUGCCGGUGAAAACUUUCGUUAUAAUAUUUCUUUGCGUGCUCCGACUGCUAUGGUCAAGCACAACAGAGAAGUCCCUGUGUCUUAUCUCAAUAAGGGCCAAGCGUAUAAUUUAACGGUUUUGGAUUCGAGUCCGCCAAUUACUAGCACCGAGCCAUUACGAUACCGAACUUUCAUCCGUGUUUCUUUUGAAGAAGAAGAGCAACGAUUGAAGCCAGCCGCCUGCUGGCAAUUAUGGAAGGAAGGUCGAGGCACAUCAGAAGCGCAUCAGCGUGGUGGCAAACUGCUUGCUGUUGAGUAUGCCAAUUCCCAGCAAGGAGGCGAGGACGACAAACAUCGCCAAAUUCAAAUCGAACAAAUGUCUUUUGAUGGAUUCUGUGUUACAUGGACUGCCAAUCCGGCCACUGGAAACUCUGACUGCAGCAUCCCCGUGAGGUUCAACUUUUUGUCUACCGAUUUCAGCCACUCUAAAGGAGUCAAGGGUAUUCCUGUACGGCUUUGUGCGAAGACCGAGCUUCUCUCCCCAGGGGAGGAAUCCGGUGCAUCUCGCGACUCAGAGGUCUGCUACUGCAAGGUCAAGCUUUUCCGAGACCACGGUGCGGAGCGUAAACUAUCCAACGAUGUGGCGCACGUUAAAAAGACGAUUGAUAAACUCAAGCAGCAGAUUGCGCAAGCUGAGAUGGGUGGUGGAUUUGGUAAACGCAAGCGCGGCAGUACUGCCGCGACAAACGUGAAAUCCGAUCGAUCUAAGCCGAAGCAUAAGCGCAGCUGGUCAAUAGGGUCACAGGAUGGUUCAGACAAGCUGUCAUUAGAGGACGAUUUGCAAGCGAAGCUGGCUAUGAUGCAAGACAUGUUCUCAUCGACUCGAUCUCUUAGCAUCCUUGCCCUCCGUGGUGAAGACCGAGAUGAUCCCGACCUGUACCCCGUGAGGCUUCCAGCUGAAGGCGAAUCGGCCAAAUCGGAUACCUUGAAUCGUCAAAACCCAAGUGCCUCCCAGGCUAUGGAAUCCUUGAUCUUAUCGCCUACAAGUAGCAACGCUUCCUUGAAUUCGCCACGAAUUAGUUCCGCUCAGUUCAUGAAGGAGCGAAACUCCACUGCCAUUCCACGGGUGGAAUCUACAGACCGAGUUUCGCAGGGGUUCAUCGAAGCCGUUGAUAUCGACCCAACGUACCGCCCCCCUGCGGAGCGACCUCCUAAGCCGAUUGCAUGCUUUUAUGUACGCUUCCAUGGAGCUGAGCCACAUUCACAAGACUACUACCGCGCUAUCUACUUGACGGAGCGAACGGUUCGAGACUUGAUGAAAAAGAUCUCCGAGAAACAACAAAUCGACCCAUCACGGAUUGUUCGCAUUCUACAUGUCAACGAGGCCGGAUUGCGCAUCAUGGUUGACGAUGAUGUUGUUCGUGAAUUACCCGAAGGCCAAGACAUGAUCGUUGACAUCUAUGAAUCUGAUGAUGCCCAAUCGCCUAGCCCACCGGUGGAAAUUAAAUUAACAUAUUAA